CAGGGGCGGACUGACAACUCAUGGGGCCCCCGGGUAAGAGGGGAUCAUGGGGCCCCUGUGUCCUUGCCCAAACUCAAAAAAGUCUAUGAAAAAGGUACCAGGGGCAUCUCAUGGGGCCACCUACUGAUCCCGGGCCCUCGGGCAGUGCCCGAGUUUCCAAAUGGUCAGUCCGCCCCUGGCACUGUCACAAUUUGAAUGACAAUUGCACGGUCAUGCAACACUGUACCCAAACCAAAUUUGUAUAAUGUUUUUGAGACAGGUAGAGCAUUCUUUUGGUAAUUCACAUUUUUUAAAUGCUUUUUUCAUCUUAUUUUAUCUUU